ACCACCUUCCGGGGCGGUCCUGGCCCGGGCGCCGCGUUCCUCAACCCGCGCGGCGGGAGCGGCGGGCGAUGGUUCUGCCCGCGGGGGACCGGCCGGGGGCCGACCCGACCCAGGCCCUGGGCGCGCUGUGGGACUACCGCGUCUACGCGCGUCGCUGGGUCUUUCUGCUGGUGCUCAGCCUUCUCAGCUUCUCCAACGCCACGCUGUGGCUCAGCUUCGCACCCGUGGCCGACAUGAUUGCCCACCACUUCCUCCUCUCCACCGAGCAGAUCAACUGGCUUUCGCGAGUCUACUUCGUGGCGUCCAUCCCGUCUGGCGUGGUGGCCAUCUGGGUUCUGGAUUCUGUUGGGCUCCGCUGGGCAACCAUCGUGUGCGCAUGGCUGAACUUUGCCGGGAGUGUGUUCCGAACCUUGCCCUUCAUGGUCGGCGGGAUCCAGGACCCAUUUGCCUUCCUCAUGGGUGGGCAGAGCCUCUGUGCCCUGGCCCAGACGCUGGUCGUCUUCUCUCCGGCCAAGCUGGCUGCCUUGUGGUUCCCCGAGCACCAGCGAGCCACGGCCAACAUGAUUGGCACCAUGUCAAACCCCCUGGGCAUCCUGGUGGCCAACCUGCUGUCACCUGCCCUGGUGAAGAAGGAGGAGGACAUCCCCUUGAUGCUGGGCAUCUAUAUCAUCCCUGCCGGCAUCACCUGCCUGCUGGCCACCGCCUGCCUCUUGGAGAGCGUGCCCCCCACCCCACCCUCCGCCAGGGCCAUCCACUCCACCUCAGAGAAGUUCCUGGAUGGGCUGAAGCUGCUCUUGUGUAACAGAGCCUAUGUCGUCCUGGCCGUGUGUUUCGGGGGCGGCAUUGGCAUCUUCUCCAGCUUCUCGGCCCUCCUGGAGCAGGUCCUUUGUGUGAGGGGCUACUCCAACGAAUUUAUAGGCCUUUGUGGGGCUCUCUUCAUUGUGUUUGGGGUCCUGGGGGCCCUGGUUCUCAGCCUGUAUGUGGACCGGACCAAGCUCUUCACCGAAGCUGUCAAGAUUGGCUUCUGUCUGACCUCCGUGGUCUGUGUGGCCUUCGCUCUGGUGUCUCAGCUGCAGGGACAGACCCUCGCGCUGGCUGCCAUCUGCUCACUGCUUGGCCUCUUUGGUUUCGCGGUGGCACCCAUUGCCAUGGAGCUGGCCGUUGAGUGCUCCUUCCCUGUGGGUGAGGGUGCGGCUGCGGGCCUGAUCUUCGUGCUGGGGCAGGCCGAGGGCGUGCUCAUCAUGGUCCUGCUGACUGCCCUGACCGUGCGCCGUGCAGAGCCGUCUGUCUCCACCUGCCAGGAUGGCCAGGGCCCACUGGACUGGCGGGUGUCCAUGCUGCUGAUGGCUGGCCUCUGCACCCUCUUCAGCUGCUUCCUGGUUCUCUUCUUUCACACUCCAUACCGGCGCCUCCAGGCUGAGGCCAGUGCGAGCUGCUCCAUCCAGGAGGACAUGUCCCCUGCGACCGUGGACCGCGAACCCCACCCGGCAGCCACCCCCUGAGGCAUCCACACGACCUCCUCCGGCACUGGCGCCCUAGGAAGCUCGGGGCCACUCAUCCCUAGAGCUGUUCUCCUGGCCCCGCCUUCUUGUUCCUGGGAGCCCUGAGCCCCUGGAACCCUCAGGACUUGCAGAGAUGUCACAAGGGUCCCUGACGAGAUCUGGAAGCUAAGAGAGCAGUUAGUGCAUCAAGAAGUGGUUCUGGGGACAUGAAGGGGAGGCCAGGAGAGACAGGCUUUGGUCACAGGGUGACAUCUUCGUGCAGGUGCCAGAAGGACUUGGGGCAAGGCAGGGUGGCCCAGAGGAGACCCUGUGGCUGUGGCAAGAACUGCUGGAGCCGUGUGACAGGCAGACACCCCAGUGGCCAGGCCAGACCCAGGGUGGCUGGUGCUGGAGCAGCGUAUGGGUGUGGACCUAGCAAGAGAGGCAAGAGCGAGGGGGACAUGGAGGGAUUGGGGGCCCUGGGGGCCCCUAGCAUGACCGAGUCUGGAGUCGACAGUUGUGAGAAAGGCCGUGUUUGGGGGAUCCCAAGCCGUGGCUUUACUCAAUCUCUGCUGACCACUGAGUGGCCUAAUGCCCUGGGAUGAGUGCUAGCACGGCGGGAGGGGCCAGGCUGGGUGGGGAGGGGAAGCAGAGGGAGGACCCCACAGGCAGAUGCUCCCACCCCAGCAGGCCCUUCCCCUCCAGACUCUCCUAGUUCCAAGCAAACACUCCCACCCGCAGUGGACCCUCCCCACACUCUCCCUGCCAAGGCAGACACUUCCCCCACCCAGGUGGAAGUUCCCCACCUGCAGACUCUCCCACCCCCAGGUGACACGUCCUCCUCUCCCUCUGCAGACACUGGCAGGCAGGUUUGUGGGUUCAUGUUUAUUGAACUGGCUGCAGCCCAGGUGGGGACGGGGGCCGUGCCCCUCACUCCUCCUUCUCCUCCCCGUGGGUGAGCACGUAGCUCAGUGCCUUGUAGUCCAGGUUGCCUGCAGCAUCGAUGGUGGCAAACUGGAACAUCUGGUCAACCUGCAAGCCAGUGUGGUGUGGGGGAGGGUCAGGCCCAGGGAGGAGGGGAAGGAGCAAAAUGGUCCGCUGAAUUACAGGCAACUAACUCCA